AUGCCACUCACUUGCCGUUUCUACGAAAACGAAUUCCCAGCGGAGAAUGAUGUUGUUGUGGCAGUCGUAACUUCAAUUGCAGACGGUGGAAGCUAUGUUGUUCUUCCUGAGUAUGAUAAUGCGGCUGGUAUGAUACUGCAUAGUGAAUUAUCAAGACGUCGUAUUCGAUCUAUUAACAAACAUAUUCGUGUUGGUCGCAGCGAUAUUGUUCUUGUUAUUCGCGUUGACCCGGAAAAGCGAUAUAUUGACUUGUCAAAGCGUCUUGUGCCAAUUGAGGACGUUUGCGUUUGUCAGGAACGCUAUGCAAAGGCAAAAGUUAAUCAAAUUGUCCGUCAUGCUGCGGAAAAAUUAGGUUACACCGAGAAAGAGCAAUUAAAGGAUCUCUGUGCCAAAACUGUGUGGUUUUUCGACAAGAAAUAUGCAAAUUCUGGUGGCUCCUACGAGGCUUUCAGACGGGCUGUUCAAAAUCCCAGCGUUUUGGAUGCUUGCGACAUCGACGAAAAGACCAAAGAGAUGCUUCUGCAAGAUAUCCGUCAUCGAUUGAUGCCCCAGGCCGUGAAGCUGCGUGCAGACUUUGAAGUUUCGUGUUUCGCUUACGAAGGCAUCGAUGCCGUACGCCGUGCACUGCAUGCCGGUUUAGCACUCAGCACAGAAGAUCUGCCAAUUAAGAUCAACCUAAUUGCACCGCCUCUGUACGUGCUCACUACCCAAACACUCGAAUGGAAUAAAGGCCUAGCUCGCUUGGAGCAGGUCUUGGAGACGAUCAAGGCCUCAAUCGAGGAGCAGGAAGGAUCAUUCAAACUCCAACAAAAGGUCAAACUGGAGGACGCAAAUAAGGAGGUCUCUGGAGACGAUGAUGAUGACGAGGAUGUGGACGAAGACGACGAUUCCGGGAGUGAAGGGAGGAACAAUCUCCAUCAAGAUUCAAGUCACCUUACGUGGUGUACCUGUUUUCUGCUUGUGUAA